AUGGAUAAAAAGGAUCCCGCUGUCGGCACAGGGCUCGUUGGCGCUCCCGCCUGUGGCGACGUUAUGAAGCUGCAAAUCAGGGUGGACGAGGAGACGGGAACAAUCACCGACGCCAAGUUCAAGACUUUUGGAUGUGGGUCCGCAAUUGCAAGCUCGAGUUACUUGACCGAACUCGUCAAGGGCAUGCGGCUGGAGGAUGCUUCAAAGAUUCGCAAUGUCGACAUCUCCAAAGAACUUUGCCUGCCCCCCGUCAAGCUACACUGCUCCAUGCUCGCCGAAGACGCCAUCAAGGCAGCCAUCGCCGACUACCACGGCAAGAAUCCAAAGGCCAAGAUAACCGACCUGGCUGGCACUGCCAAGACGAUUCGGGAGACGAUGCAGCAAGAGGCUGCCUAG